AUGUUUGCCAUCCAUCUGCCGAAAUCACGCACAUCUGGAAUCUAUCAGCAGCACUUGAAUAACCUUCGCCAUAUAUUGCGAACUGCUCUUUCUGACUUGCAAGGAGACCCAGAAAAGAAUGCAGAACAGUAUUCAUUGGCCUAUGACACUGCCAAAGUCCUGUUAGAACGCCCUUCCAUCCAAGGACGUAAAGAUGAAAAUGGUUCUUCUUCAGCCUUUGAGCUCAUGUGGAAAGUUGGGGCAGAGCUGCUUCGCUCUGUCGCCCCUUACAGAGCACAACUGGAGGCCGAGGAAGGCGAGCACAAUGGCCUUCUCCUUCAAGGUGACGGCUAUCCCCACAUACUUAUGCAAGUCGAUGAAGAUAAAAGGGACGAAGCAGUUAGAGCCGCAAAGAAGCUUCUGAGAUUCUUGGCGCAAAUGAGCGGUAUCGACGCCAAAUUGGACCCAGAGCUACUUCUCGAAAUGACUCUAUAUCACAUGCGCUUUGGGAUGUUCGAGGAAGCGUACAAUCGCCUCCAAGGAUAUAUAUCUACGUACCCAUAUAACGAGAAUGCCGUCCUAAUUGGAUAUGCAGGAGUCCUAUCUUAUAUACUCUGGCGUCGAGAAGCUGUCCGAUUGCAAAGUGAGCGUGACAUCGAUACCCACUGGAGCAGUAGCCAAUGGGAAAAUCAGUGGGACCAUAGUCAAUCGAGCGGGAACGAGUGGUCACAAAAUCGUUCAGAGGAAAAGACAGGAGACCUCUCAACAGCUCAAGAGGGCGACCUUGCAUCACGAUUCUAUUCUCAGGGAUUACAACAUUUCGAAGUAUCAUUAUUCAUAGACAAUACGAGCGACAUGUUUCUUUUCUAUUACGUUAAGCUUCUUCUUGCGGCUGACGACCACCACGCAGCAACCCAGAAACUGACUCAGUUCAUUCAAAACAACCCAGAGCAUCCGAAUGGAUACCGUUAUCUACUGCAGUUGCAUCUCAAGAACUGCAGAAUGCCUUCUGAGUGGAUUCCGUUAGCGUACAAGUUAAUGCAGCUAGAUCCAGUCUGUGAUCAGCGAAUUGCCCUUGAGCCACUCAUACGUCACCACGAAGCGGCAGCAGAUCCCAAUGCAGCGAUUUCUUCGCAUAUAAUGGUGGAGGCGUCUCUUUCAGUGAUCAAUUUACUCGCGGAUAGGCUAGACUAUGAGAAGGGGAAUGGAUGGAUGUGGGACAAGUUGGUCAAGCAUAUCCAAUGCGUCCGGCGACAUGACGCGAUGGCGGAUGCCUUAGUAUGGGAAGAUCGGCGACAUUGGUGGCCAAGAUUCCAUUUUGUGUCAUUGCCAUCAUCUCAUGAUCACUUAGAAUCGGAACAACAAGCCUUGGUGGCGGUGAAGGCGGUUUGUGCUCUGUAUAUUUUCCCCGAUGAAUACGCACGCUUGUGUUGGCCUCAGCGAUUCGGGCUGACGCCUGACACUCUGAGUGAGAUUUCAAUAUCAAUGCUGCGUGGUCAUGGAAUCCCGCUGGACCUUUUCUUUGGAGCCACGGGACGAACGUCACCGCUCUGCUUUCUCGGGAAAUCGGCCCGGGCGGGAACGUGGACCGACCAGAGCAAUACCGCAGACGUUGAAGAUGUGGUCAAUUUGCUAAUAGCAGGCGAUCGUCUUCAAAAUGAUCAUGGGCCUGGUGACGGACGCGAUGGAGCGAGUUCAAUCAAUUCAAAGGAUACCAGUAUUCGUGAUGAUAAUCACCUAUCUCACGGAGCAGAGCAAAGCACAUCAUGUAAUGAUAAAGAUGUCCAUGACAUCGUGAGAACUGAGAAAGAAGAAUUGCUUUCCUUUGAAGGUGACCUCGUCCGGGUUCAGCAUGAUGCGAAUCAGCAUACUACGGUAGCCGAGGCCGCGGCAUUCCCCGAACCGCUGGAAGGAAGUAGCUCCUCCCUGGAAGACUUAACUGCUGGAUCUGGAAGAAUUGGAGCUGAUCUUGAACAGCCUCAAAUGCCUGUUCGCGGGUCGAAACGAAAGCGCGACCGCGAUCACAGCGAUGAUGAUACUCAUGACGUGUUAGAUACAAUUGUGGAGCCUAGGCAAAUUGGGCUGGCCCGCGUCACAUCUUCAUCACCGUUAUCUCCAGGAGCACCAAGAAAAAAGCGCGCCAAGAGAGUGAAAGGCUUCUAAUUGAAGCGGUCGGCCGACAUACAUGAUGCUACAUAAACACACCAACGAGGCUGCUUUCAUGGGUCUCCUAUGCAACAAUCUAUCAGCUUCCGGACGCUUGUGCAUGUUUAAACGACCCCAUUUGAGCUGCUUGAUACAAUUCUGGCACAAGGGUUGCGGGCGUGGGCGGAGGACUUGGUCCUAACCAGUCGCACAGCCCGCUGGGAUCGCCUGGGGUAACGGCUUUCUCCGCAAUACCUUUAAUAAUUGUCCGAAAAGUCUGGGGAAUGUUACUUUGCGAUGUUGUUACUUUCCCCGGUUUAUCACGAGGGCCGCUGAUAUUAGCUGUCGUUUUGGUACGGAGGUGGCAGCCGCGGUUUUUAUGUGGAUAGGAAGGAAGCGAGGAUGAGGGAUGCGCUUUACACGUGGUUCGGGGAGGUGUAACCUGGGAGCCACGGAAAGACGUUCGCUCUGGAGAGGGGAAGCGUUUGCCUAUAUGGGCCUUCUCCCCAGUCACGCGUACUGUGUUGUCAUCCAACGGUCUAUCCGACUGAACUGGUAGAGUGCAUGCGAGUUGAGCGGUCAAGCAUAGUAGCUCGGGACUACAAUCCCGGACUUUCCCAAGGAUUGAGUACAAACGAGAAAGCUUGACGUCAAUAUCAGUCUGAGAUCGUAUACCAGGAUCAGACAUGCGGAUAAUUUAAAAGCUGGGUUCGCAGCACAACGAGCAGGCUCACCUGUAGUCUCAUCAAUUUGUCCCGUACAUCAUCCGCCACUCGAUCCCUUCCAGUUUUCCCAAAGCCGAUCUUAAGCAGCGGAUGCCACCGUUCGUCAGGAAGGAUCCUCUGGUUAAUUAUCAAUGUGGCGCGCUUUGCGGGGGUCUUUUUGGAAACAUAUCUAUCCGGAUGCACUUCAAAGUGUGCCUGAUAUCGCUCCGAAUCUUCACAGCACCCACUGAUCAGAUCGUCAAAAAUUACAGCCACCACCCCGCCGACACCCUGAUCUGGAUGGAAGCCCACUUUGAUAUUCCUUGCUGAAUCAUCAGAUUUGGUGCUUCCCGACUCCACAAGAUCGACACCGUGCAUCAUUGUCUCAAAGCGCGACUCUGUGAGGUCCUCGGAGGUGAAAUGGAAAAAUGGACGCGUUGGAUGAUGCAAAGUCAGGAUGUACGCUGACCGUGCUUUGCGAAAGAUAGUGAGAAUGUACCGCUCGGCUUCUGGCUUGAACUCGCCAAUAGAACCCGUGUUGAACCAUGUUGCAUGACCGUCAUCCUGCGAAGCUUGUGGCCACCUUUGCCCAUGAACAUAUAAGGGCAGGGACUUGGCCUGGAGAGCUACACAAUUUUUGUUAUUCGUGAAUAGAUGCAGCGUGCCCUUAGAUUGAAUGGCAUCCGUACCCUCUAGUUCAUCAUAUCGCUUCUGGGUGGCGAGCACGAAAGCUUUUUUUCUGGACGGAUCAGAUAAGCUUUGGUGUUUGUCGGUUGGACCCAAGUAGUCCUGUACUGCCUGCAUCCAAUCAGGUGGUUGGUUCACUAUCACCUCGUCAGAGUUGCAUGUGUUAUUAAGCAGGAUGCUAGGCUCGUGACGGCUAAUGACCUCUAGGGUCUGAAUGAGGCAAGUGGUAACUUGAUCAUGAUGUGCCUACAAGGCGAUUUCUGUUAUUAUAUAAAAAAAAAAAAAACCUUGUGUUCCGG